AUGGGGUCCUUCAGCAAGAACGAUCCGGGUUCGUGUCUGCAGAGCAAGGUCAAGUCCAUAACCCGCUGUCGAUUCCCGACUUGUAACCUCGCUGGAGGGAGCCACCAAACCUCUCGCACCUCGAUGAGUGAUUGCUUGGACGCAGGCGCCAAGGCUAGUCGCCGAAAGCGACCCCGCUCCCACUUCAUCGCGGCUCUUGUCGCCACCAACGGCUGCUUCUCACUGGCGUUGAUACCAGGUGAUAUCCAUCACCACCAUCGCACCCGUCGACCCCAUGACACGCGGCGCCUUAUCUCCGCACGCUUCCAGGUCAACAUCGCCAACCACGGAGACAUGGAGAACGACUUCACUGGUGACUCAGUCGCCUGCACCGACGCCUCCCGCACGUCUGACCGUCUCAAUCCGGCCAAGGUCCAGGCGGCCCAUAAUCAGCUCGGCCUAGAGGCGUGCGACUCCCGCGUGACUGCUGCCGUCACGUCCCUCGCUGUGAACCGAACAGAGGAAGCGGAAUGUACCCUGCAACAAGAUGAGGACGAGACGCACCUUCUCGAUGGGAUGGUAGAUGGCGUGAUCGCGUCGUGA